UUCUACUGUACACUCCAGUAUUGCAAAGUUUACUAGGAAAAUGGUUUUCAGUGGCAACAGAAUGGCAGCAUUAACACGCCUCGUCAUUGUGCUGUUCGUGAUUUCUUCACUCGAGCGGACCAUUGCAGAAACUUACGAGUGUACCGUUGGAAACUACGGCUCCGACAAACAGCAGCACUGCAUCUUCCGCAAUGUUCGGUAUAACCAAAAUUCCACUAAUAUCGUGUUCAAAGCACCCAAUAGUGACAAACAACCGAGGAUUGUUUUCGAAGAUUCAAAAAUGGAUCAUUUACCCAAGGAAUUCCUAGAAACCUUUGGCAAAGAUUUGAAGGUGCUGAUUGUGUCUAAAUGUGAGCUUAGAUCUGUAGUGAUAACCCAUGCAUUAGAGGAACUGCAUGCAAUUGAUAACUAUAUCACUAAAGUGAUUGUGCACCAAACUCCUCAAAGUUCUCCCUUGAAAGAGAUUCACUUACAAUCAAACCGUUUGAAAGAUAUUUCGAAUAUUACGAAAAGCUGCAAGAAUGCUCGAAUUGUUGACUUGAGCCGAAACCAGGAGUUAGCGGAUCAGGACACAUUCGAUCUUUCGAUGUUCAAUGGGUUCAACCAGUUGGAAUAUCUACUAUUAGCUGAUAUUGGAGCUUUCUAUCUGGAUAAUACGAAAAAUGCGGUUCUGCCGGCUUUAACACUGCUUGAUUUGUCGAUGAAUAAUCUGCUGCCAAGUGAUCUUCGGUUGGAUCGUUUAGAUGGUUUUGAAAAGCUGGAAGUAUUGAGAUUAAAUGACAAUAACAUGGCACAGUUGGAUUACGCAUUACUCACUGGUAUGAAGUCAUUGAAGACGGUGUAUCUAGAAGGCAACUCAUUUGACUGCUCUUAUCUGAAAACAAUGGUCAAGUUCCUGAAUGAAAAUAACAUCGUCACUCCAGUUGCUCGUCCGGCGAAUAAUUGUGACACUGGAUUCAUGGUCGAACACGAAAUGUGUUGUAAAUCGGCACAAUUGUCCCACAUUCCUAAACCAAGUCCCACCCGUCCACUAGUUCCAGCUCAAGCCAAUCCAGCUCCUGCCAAUCCAGCCGCACCAAAUACUCCUAUACUCAACGAGGUCGAAACUAAACCAAUAGACGUCGUUAACGACAACACGCCCGUUAUGAGUGAAACACACCCCGAUAAUGGAGUUACUAAUUUACGCGUAAAUUUGUUAUUCAUAUUAACAGGUGCGAUUGUGGCUCUCGUGUCACGUGAUUAAAAUCACUUUAGAAGCCUGAAAAAUAUCACAUCUCUGGUUCUGGCGAAAAUCAAUCGCAAAUUAACAAUAGAGUUUAAGCAUUUUCGCUGCACUUCUGAAGAUUCCAGAAGAAAUAAAAUUAAACCUGUGAACUGUACGCACCUAGAUUGUAAGAGCAAAACGACACUGAUGCCUACAAGGAUAAGUAAAUACCAAAAAAAGUAAAAGAUACUGUUAAUGUGAUAGAACACCCCAAGUAAAUAAUUUCUUGCGACUGCUAGCAGAAAAGCAGAAAUUUUUGUGAAAAUUCGCUUGCCUCAUCACCGUCAGGGUAGCAAACCAUUGCAGAAGGUGCCCCACCAAAUCAGAUGCUUCGCCCAGCAGGUAAACACUUUUUUACUUUUUUACUAGGAUAGUCGGAAGUGCUCUUAAGUAUUAAGGACUGAAGGAAUCUCAGCGUAAAACGCUGUUUGGAUGAAUUUAGCCUUAUUGAUCGAGCCGAGCUUUUCGUUUUAUCUAAGACGCGUAUGCAUUUGAAUCCACAUCGAGACGACCGACGCAGGGCGUGUUUAUGUUUUGUUAAUUUCGAUAAGGAAAGAGAGUGUUAUAAUUAGAUAAAGAACAGAUACGACCAGAAAUGUAGAGAGAAGUCCUUCAACGUGAUGGGAAACGUCAACCAACGAAUCCGGUGUGAUACAAGUGAAAAGAGAAAUACCAAUAAACUAAAACAGUAAUCAAAUAAUUACAUUAGGAAACCAUGAGGAGUUUUGGCUGCUAGACAGAUCGGUGCUGCGUGCCUAUUUUUUUUGUAUCGAGGGAAAUCAGAUCUGUUUUACAUGUUAUCGUACUCGAAGUUGAGUGCGGUGUAGGAAUCUAACAUAAUGUAUGAUUGACCAUUGAAUAUAUCAAUAUUAAAACAGAAUGCGUUCUUUUGCAUUGUAUGAACAAAUGUAGUUUUAAAAAACGGUGGUGUAAUUUCGAACUCCAUCUUUGGUACUGUAAAAAUAAUUCAGCUUUCCGUCUCUUUGAUUAAAUCGAGUGUUCCAUACUAGACACGUUUUCACGAUAUUCAUAUUUCAUCAAAAGAUUGAACAAUAGAAAAUACUAUUACAAAUGCAUUAAAAAUGUAUCAGAUUACAUUAAAUCUAGAUUUUACACCACAUCUUCUAGUUAAGAUAAUGUCAAAUUGUAUUUGUAAUGCAAUUCUAUUUUCUUAUUAAAGAAUAUUACUUGGAAAAAAUCAUUUUAAUUACUGUUUGCUCAUAUAAAACUUAUUUUUUGAAUAUUAAUUAUUUCGUGUGUCAUUAUUUAAAAAGUAUAUUUUAAGUAAUGAAUAAAUAUUUAAAAAUAAAGAUUCAACUCUUUCAUAUUUUUUUCUACGUAUUCAGUAACUCUGU